AUGCCACAGCCCUCUACCCCAGCCGUGGACGAGUUAUCAAAAGGCUUCUCGAAUUUGUCUGCAAACACACAAAGCCCGACAGCAUCUGCGCCAUUCUCGUCAACCUUCCAGUCGACCUUCCAAUCUCCGGGCUUCACCUCGACCUUCUCCAAUAACUUCUCGAUCAACCUUGGGCCGCCCAAGUUCUCAUCCAUCAACCUGCCGGCCACAGGCGUCAACGUACCGCAUGUCAGCUCAAAACUACGGCCCGCUGCGGUGAACAUGGACGCCGCCAGUGGCACCCCACCGACAGAACCCGCGCAGGGCCAAGACGCCGCCGACGAACACUUGCGCGAAAGGCGCACCAAGUUCCGGUUCAAGUCGAAGCGGGCCCCAAGAUCAGCCUCGCCAGACCGCGAGACCCGGCCCCACCGCCGCCACCGCUCUUCCCGGCGCGACCACGACGGCGAGGAUGACGAGCAACCCCGCAGCCGGGCAGGGAGCCGCCACCGCUCCGAGCGGAGCCACAGGCGGCCGCGGCACAGGAGGCCGCGCCGCGGCGACGAGGAUGCAGCGCCGGCGCAGGGCUUCGCGGACGAGGGCGGCCCCGCGCUCGACCCAGACGCCGCGUUCCGCGAGUCCCUGUUCGACGCCAUGGCCGACGACGAGGGCGCGGCGUACUGGGAGGGCAUCUACGGCCAGCCGAUCCACAUCUACCCGCAGGAGGUGCCGAACCGGGAGACGGGCGAGCUGGAGCGCAUGACGGACGAGGAGUACGCGGCGUACGUGCGGCAGAAGAUGUGGGAGAAGACCCACGCGGGGCUCAUGGAGGAGAAGGCUAAGCGGGCGAAGAGGCGCGAAGAAAGGGCCAGGCGGGACAGGGAGGCCGAGGAGAGAAUGGAGGAGGAGAGGAGGAUCCAGCGGGAGGUGGAGAGGAGCCUGAAGCGCGGGGACGAGAGGAGGAGGAAGAGGGAGUGGGCGGAGCGAUUCCGCGACUACGGCACCGGGUGGGAGAGCUGGGAUGGUGGCGCGGACAAGAUCUCUUGGCCGACGAAGAGCGGGAGGCGCAAAGAUGUUGAUGAGGAGGAGGUCCGGGCCUUCUUCGUGAGGGGCUUGGACCUGGAGACCCUAGGCGAAAAGGAAUUUGCGGCGAAGUUGAAGGAGCAGCGAGUGCGGUGGCAUCCCGACAAGGUUCAGCAGAAACUUGGAGGUAGGGAAAAGGCAGACGAGCGCGUCAUGAAGGACGUCACCAUGGUCUUCCAAGUCAUCGACACCUUGUAUGAUGACAUACGGCCCAAGUCCAAGUAG